UAUGGAGAGUAUAGUUCAGACGCAGAUAGUACACACAUUUCACAGUGGGGUCUGCGUAAAGAACACCUGUUUCAAGGCAGCCAGCAACCCAGCAUUGGACUUGCAGAUCUUUCUGCUGAUGAAGGCGAGCGCCUGAAGCUCCAGACACUCUCCUGAUCUUCCUCGAGUCUUUGGAUAAUAAAAAAGGUGACGUUUGGGAAAAAAAAUAAGAUCAAAGUUUCUGGAUUGCCCCAGCGAGCAACGUGCGAUCUAUAUUUUCUCAAGGAUUCAUGCUGAUGUAUGCAGUCUUUUAUAGAGUAAAAACAGCGCAUGCCUUUCUGGAGACAGAUCCAUAAAUUCUGACGUAGCCUUGUUCAUCUAAAAAAAACCAAUAACGCCGGGUUUAAGUUGCUAUGACCAUCGUUACCUUCUUCCAAUGGAGAAACUACGAAUUUUUAUUCUCAAUGCAGCUGGAUCGCCUGAAGAUCAAGCAGCCUGUUAGACCUGGGAUUAUUUAAAAACAAUAUGUUAAUGUGUGAGUAUAAAGCGGUGGUUUCAUAGACUACAGUGAUUGACCUUGAACCUGCCCCAAACCAAAACAGCAUAUUACUUUUAUAAGCAGAAUCGCCGGCGGCGACUGAUGGCUCCGUUAGGUGAAGUUGGGAACUAUCUUGGUGCCCAGGAUGCAAUACCUUUUGGGAAUGUGCCCGUUUUACCGGUGGAUAACCCGAUACUCCUGAGUGAUCAUCUCGGCCAGUCUGAGGGGGGUUUGAGCAGGGGCUCAGUCACGGACCUGUCCCACUUAAAGGGGAUCCUCAGGCGGAGACAGCUCUACUGCAGGACUGGCUUUCACUUAGAGAUUUUUCCUAACGGAACUAUCCAGGGGACCAGACAAGAUCACAGCCGAUUUGGUAUUCUGGAGUUCAUUAGUAUAGCAGUGGGCCUGGUCAGCAUUCGUGGUGUAGACAGUGGACUCUACCUCGGAAUGAAUGAGAAAGGAGAGCUAUACGGAUCGGAGAAAUUGACUGCAGAGUGUGUUUUCCGGGAGCAGUUUGAAGAAAACUGGUAUAAUACCUACUCCUCGAAUCUUUAUAAGCAUGCGGACACUGGAAGACGGUACUUUGUUGCAUUAAACAAAGAUGGAAGCCCAAGGGAAGGGACUAGGACUAAAAGGCAUCAAAAAUUCACUCAUUUUUUACCUAGACCCGUGGACCCUGACAAAGUACCUGAACUAUACAAGGAUGUUUUAAGCCAAAGUUGAUGAAGACAAUCCUUUACUUUGGACCACUGAAAAGCAACCACUAUAAUGGGUUCAUGUGGUGGGUUCUAAACGAUUAGCUGUGUCAUCACAUCAGCUCUACUGUUGCCAAACUUUGUCGCAUGCAUUGUGUAUGGAGGCUUGGAUGGGACACGCUGAUUUUGUACUGCACUUACAGUUUGUCCUCUCAGAGGUGAGCCUGUGCCCACUUGCUUGGUUGAAAAAAAAAUGUGUAAGAGGGAGGAAUAUAUUGAAAUGCCAAGGAGAAAGAUGGCCUGAUGCAUGCUCCAGGAUGGGACACGCUUUAAAUUUUUUUGAUCAGUUCUAUUUUGUUGUGUAUCAGCAUAGCUGCCAUACUUUGAUUCAUCGGGAUAUGGGCUGGUGACAAAGCUCAAGCUCACACUGCAUUAAUAAUGGCAUGGAGGACGCAAGCAUACGUAAAAAGUGAUUUAGAUAAAAAAGAGAAACAGACAAUUCCUCUACCAGCUCAAUGGUACUACCCCUUAGGGCUUUAAGCAAAGACCUCUUAGUAAAGAAAACAAAAAAGUUAAAUUUAUUUAUAGAAAUUCCAAAGGCAACAUUAUAUUUAUUUUAUAUAUUUAUUUAUUAUAUAGAGUUUAUUUUUAAUGAAAUAUGUACAGGCCAGAUAGGCAUUUCGGAAGCUUUAGGCUUUGUAAGUGUAAAAAUGCCAGUGGCCACUAUGAACCUAUGGUAAGUUCAUGUGAGUUAAUGUAAAGGUGCAUGAAUAUAAAAGGAUUCCAGUAACCCCUCUGUUCUGAAAGUGACAAUCUCAUUUGUGCCCAGUCUAUUGUAACACUAUGAACAGCACUCAUUAUAUUGAGGAUCAGUUUUUUGACUGCUUGUUUCCUGACUGUCUCCCUGUCCUCCGCCCUCUCCUCCCCGUCGAUUAAAGUUAAAGUUGGGUCUUCA